AUGCAAGACAUCCUGAAGAGCUACCUUCCAGAUGACGACCUAACUCCGGAAACCCUUCGUUCUCUUGCGCAGCAAUGCCGCCAUCAAAAUACUGCUCCAUCGCAGCUGCAGCUCAAUACCUCCCCCAUAGCUGCACAGCCAGUCGUCCCGACUACGCCCAUCUCGGUCCCUUCAUUUAUAGCUCCUAGUCCUCGGGAGAAUACGCGGACGACACCGGAGGUGAAUUCACGGGAAAACUCCGAUGUUGAGCCGAACGCGGAGGACGCUGUGUUGCAGGAUGCUGUUUGCUUCCAUCAAAAGCUAGGAUGCUUGCUAGCAGAUUCCCUGGGUGAAUACCGCUAUAUGGGACCUGAAUCAGGAUUGUCCUUCAAUGCUGCUAUUCGGCGCCUCACGGUCGAUGAGAUGUACACACCAGAAUCACCGGACGUGGUUCCUGGGAUGGUUACGGUCGCUAUGCCUGUUCCAAGCCCCCGAUCUCAACAAAGCAGCCCGAGCUUGCCCCCUUUGGAAGAAUGCCAGGCAUCUAUCAUGCGCUAUUUUGAGGAAGUACAUUGUCUCUAUUGGCUUUUCUCCUCGGACAGAUUCCACAUUCAGCUAGAAAAGACGUAUAACACCCCACUGGAAAGCCUGACGGCCUCCUGGUUAUGUUCACUGUACUCAAUCCUCGCAAUCGUUUACAUUGGCACCAAUGGCUCGGGUAGCAACACCACAGCAACAGAGUACCUGGAACAAGCAAAAUCAUAUGUUUCAACGGUGUGUGAUGAAGGAACACUUGAUAGCGUUCGAGCGAUGGUAAUCUUACGCUACAAUCGCACGGCUUUUCUAAUCCCGCAUAUCUAUACAGUAGCCUGGCUGUACAAAUUGCUCGCUCGCUUGGACUACAUUGCGAUACGUAUUGCGCAUUCUAUGGCUCCGUCGAGAAAGAACACGCCCGGCGACUCUGGUGGUCACUUGUGA